UAAAACAUCGUCUGUCUUCAAACGUGACUUUUUCAUUGGCCUAUCGGGUGGUACGAUUUUGGUGGCGUGAUCAUGAUGCAAUGAUUAAAUGAAGAUGUCAACAAUACCAGUGAAAAUUUCUAAGGAUCGUGUACGGAAUAGAAAAAGAAAUACUUAAAAGUUAUUGUUUUUUAUAUUGAAUUAAUAAAAGAAACCAACAACAUCAUGGAGGGUGAACUACCCUCAGAUGUUGAUGAUAUGCUGAACUUUAUGUACUCGGAGAAUCAAGUCGGAAAUUUAUUUGAUUCUGAUGUACUGCUGGAACCAGUUGAUUUAAACUGUGACAGUAAAAUAAAUGACAUGGAUCAAGAUCUUGCAUUUGACUUGUUCCAAAAUAUGGACACUGUUUCGUUUCAAGAUGAAAGGAAGUUGUAUGAUUCCCCUCAGCACGUUCUGCGCUUGGAUUCUUCAAACUUAAAUGAUGUAUCUAUCUUAAAUCAAACCGUAUCACCCCCAAUUCCUAAAUCACAGCCACUUGACAACAUUCAAAUAAAAUUUGAACCUCAAUUAAUUCAAACCACACAAUCAGAACCAUUAACUUUACCGGCAUCUGUUAAUUUGAUGCAGUACACUGUUACUCCAGGAUCUCGACCUACCAUUGCUAAUCAACCUGUUCGAAAAGUUGUUAUGCAGCCUGCCAAUCAAAGGAAAAAAAUUCUUCCUUCGACUGAUGCAAGUUUGACAAAUGAUUUAAUUCGAUUGUUAAAAGAGCAAGAAAAAGAAAAACAAAUUCUUCUACAACAAUUAAGUCAGUUACCUCAGCAGAAAGUGCAACAACUUCUUUUACAAGCUCAAGUUUUGAAAGGUGCCAAUGAAAAUAAAAUAGUUACCUAUGCUAGCCCAACUCCUAUUGUGACUACCACUAUUCCAGUUACUGCAAGUACUCAAUGUAUUGCAACUGUUCAACAUGCUCCCAUACAAACAGUUAUGGCUCCACAAGCUGGUACAAUAUUGACAACAGGAAUUCCAGUUUUUCUUGAUGCUGACAAGUUACCCCUUAAUAGUAUUACUGUAUCAAAGCCCCCAUUUAUCAAGGGAGAAAAAAAGAAUGCGCAUAAUGCUAUUGAAAGACGAUACAGAAGCAGUAUCAAUGACAAAAUAAUUGAACUGAAAAACAUCAUUGUUGGAAUGGAUGCGAAGCUGAACAAAUCUGCUGUUUUAAGAAAAGCAAUAGAUUACAUCAAGUUUCUACAGAAUGCUAAUUCAAAACUAAAGCAAGAAAACUUGGCACUUAAAAUGGCUGCUCAGAAACAACGCUUAGAAGACCUGUUGGAUAAAAAGCCAACCAUAGUCCCGCCUAGUUUGGCUGAUUAUACUCCUCCAACUUCUGACAUCAGUUCUCCAGAACGCAGUCCUUCCAAUAGUAUCACUGAGUUGUGCUAUUCAGAUCAAGAUUCUCCACAAUUUAAUGGAAGUUCAGAUAGUCAGAUGUUAGCUCCCUACAGCAUCAGUCUCGACGAAGACAGCAACGACAGUUUUUCGAAUCGAGGGAUGAUGGAUCACAGUCGUGUCAUGCUCUGUUUGUUCAUGUUUUCAUUCUUACUUUUGAACCCUUUUUCUUUUGUAAUGAAUAUGCGUAGUUCUGGAACUGCUGAUGAAACAUCUCAUACGGGUAGAGUCAUUUUGUCUGAUGAAGUUAAUUCAGAAGGAAAAUGGGCCAACUUUCUUUUAUCAAAUCUUGCUACAUGGUUCCUGAAUUUUAUCUUGGUUGCAUUUUGUUUUUUCAAAGUGUUUGUUUACGGGGAACCUGUUUUGAAAAAAGAAUCUAACAACUAUACAGUUUUCUGGCGGCAUCGGAAGCAAGCUGAUGUAUCAUUUGAAGAAGAAGACUAUGGAAAUGCAGUAACCCACCUGAAGCAUUGUCUUACUGCUCUUGGUAGACCUUUUCCUUGUGGGGCUGUUGAAUUAACAGUAGGUGUUUCUUGGCAAUGCAUUAGACAGUUAUGUCAUUUUACUGGCAUUCAGAGACUGGUUAAUAGAUAUUUUGUUAAGAAAGGUCCUUUGAAGGAAUAUUUAAGAGAUUCAGCUCUUGUGUAUCAAAAUCUGCAGCAACUUCAUGUUCUGGGUUUUCUAUCAGAUAGUAAACUUGAGAGAAUAUAUUUGUCACUGAAUGCUCUGAAUUUAGGAGAAGAUGCUAAGUCUAUCAUACCAAUUGAAAAAAUGUCUGAAAUAUACAUUAGUUCAGCCAUGAGCUUUAUUAGUUGUUUCCCAAGAAAAUUAUAUUUUAUCACUUGGUACCUAUUGAAAAAAGCUAGAAGAGUUUACCUUUCUAAUAAUGUUAUGGUUCCUCCAACUUUGCAGUGGCUUUUUGACCCCAUAGGGCAUACUUUCUUUCGUAAUGGAAACUGGACUUAUGAUCGGGAAGGAACUAUUUUUAGUUCAGUUCCAAAAUCAAUGAAUCCCCUGUCAUUUGCAUCCCGUGGUUUUCGAGAGUUUCUCUUGGAGAAAAUAAUUUUGUCAAUUAUUUCCCCAAGUAUGGAAUUAGAUGAAAAUAUUGAACAUGGAAGGAAUCAUUCUACUGGAUUGGUUAUUUCAAACUGCAUACAACUGUUGAAGAAUUCUUGUUAUGUUACUGAGAGUAGUAAUUUCUCUUCAGCUCUGAAGAGUUCCAAACCUGUCUGUUUGAGACAAGAAGAUCGUGUAACCUUUUGGUGGGCAUCCGUUUUGAGUGUUUCUCUCUCCUGGCUUCUGGGUGAGAAGGAAAAGGCUGAAAAAUUGUACCAAGAUGUUGAAAAUUUUCCAAAAGAACUUCUGAAUUCUCAACAUCCUCUUCCCUCUGCUGUUUUGUAUUCUUUUCGGGCUAAAAAGAGUUCUACUAGUCAUGAUUCAAUGCCUAGUACUACGUUACGACUAUGCGACAAAGCGGGAAGUCUUGUGAAAGAUAGUUUAAAUUAUUCAUUGCAUCAAAUGCCUCCACCUUUAGUACAGGCUUUCCAAGUUCUGAGUAUCGAUUGGUGCCUGAGUACUAGAAAUCAUGUUUGGGAGUCGUCAAGAUCUAAUAAUUCUUCUGAUGUUUGUGGAGUGUCUGAGGGUUAUAGAGAAGACCUCCGGUGCCUGCGUCGACUCUUGCAUUAUAUUCCAGAAAUUCACAGCAAGGUUCAUCUUUAUGAGAUAACACAGCGAUUGAUUUCUGGUGCUAAUCCUGUGAAGACUCAACAAAUGCUGGAUAGAAGUCUUAGAAGAAGAAAUAAAGUGAACUCCAUUAUCUGUACCAAAGGUAAGAAUGGAGAAAGUCAUCACCCAUGUGAGCGUGACCAAGCGGAUGCCUUGAUGCUGGCUUGCCAACAUUUUCCCGACAACAUAGUUUCCAAUCCCCGAGAGAAGGAAUGCAUGCUGGCUGAAGCUGCCAGCAUUUUGCAACGCCUUAGCGAUAAGACAAAACUAGAAAAAUGUCACAAAAUGAUGGUUGCUGUUGGCAGCGUCUUCAUCGCUCAAGCUUCUUAAUUUACUGAACUGUGGGCUGUAAAUAAAGAGAUUCAUCAUUAUAUUGCUUUUCAUUUGUACCGAUCUGCUGUGCUGAAGGAUUUUAUUUACAAUAAAUUAACCGAAUUGUAGUUCCGUUAAUUUUUAUUUAUUAUCAUUCUGUUUUGUUAUUGGAGUUGCAUUUUUUCAAUUGUGUGAAUUUUAAAAUAAAUAUUUGGAAAAUGCAGUUCUUAGUUUUUUGAUAUGUUAUUAAAUUUUAGCAUUUUUUUAAAUUUCAUCUUUCAAUUUCAAUUGAUGUUUCUAUUCAAUUUUAUAGCAAAUAUAUCCAAUAUAGCAUUGUGUGUGUGACAACAUUUUUAUAAUAAAACACAUGUUGAAUAA